UUCCCUUGCUCUUCUUUUGCGCCUCUUUGCACCACGUGACGAGUGAGUUUUCCGUCUUCCUCUUUUCUCACCUACGAGACUUCUACGCCAGCUACAACCACCGUAGUACCUUGCUGUACACAAUAUUUGCAACCUGUUCUGGCGGCCCUUGUCUCGUCACAGUUUCCCCCGCCGCGGCUGCAUCUGUGCAUAUUCUCUUCAUAUUAGCCUACACCCGGAGUCAGGUGGUACCCUCCCCCAAACCAAGGCACACGCGGCUGCGCUCUGCCCUGCCUUUCCCUUUGGCAGGCCGAGGCUGGACAGCGGACGAAAUUCACAUCUCCAAGUAUUGACUCCCCCGCCCACCUAGGCCUCUCUGCCUGUCCGUGUCCACCUUGCACGCAUCAACUCGUACCCGAACCGGGGUCCCAGCUCUCCUCCUCCUUUCGGUCCAGUCCCAGCCGGCUGCGCCUUCUGUUCUCUCCAAGCUGUCAGGCCUGGUCCCUCAUCCGUUGUCGCCCUCUCUCGCAUCUGAUCUGGCAUCUCGGACCGUCUGCUGACGCACCCGACUCGGGUGUGUGUCACCAAACAGGGAGUCUUCAGCUUGAUUCAGCCAGCUAGACGUGGCCGGGUUGGCUACCCUGUUGCUCAUAGCCACCCCGGGAGAUAUACGGCCGAAUUCACCGAGCUUUUUGCUAGGUGACUGCCCCCCACAUCCCCCCAACUAUCUUUCGGGCCUUGUGCUUGUGUCGCCUGUGUCUUCUUUGCCUUGUCCUCUCUUGUUUCUGUCACAGGAUCACCACCAUGACCACGGCCGCUAGGUCGGUGGCGGCGGUGACGGCAACUGAUGUUGAGUCUCUGGAUGUGGUCGAGACACCCACGUCACCUUCGUCGGGCCUGGCGCUCUCCCGGUUCGAAUUCGAGACAGGCAAGGGCAAUGAGGGCACCAAGGUGCUGAUGGUAGAGUGGGACGCCUCGUUCGGCGGGCGGGAACAACGACAGCAAGAAACCAGGCCGGAGGAGGCUGAGAAGGGGAUAGCUGAUGCUACAGACUGGGAAGUCUCGUGGGAAGGCAAGAAAUCGGCACUGGCCGUCCACGACAUCGUCGGGGAUGUCGGCGGUGGCGGCAGUGCCAACGGUGGCACAAGACGUAUUUAUUUUCUUUUGCCCACGGGCGCCGCCGUGCCUGCACUCGUCAGCAUCACACGCAAGGGUAGCUCAGGCGGACCAGUUCUGCGCACAAUGCCCAUGCCAGCCAUCUUCCCUGCUGAGCUCACCAGCAAGCAAGAGGCGGGCCUGCGAGGCGUGCUCCAUACGAUAUGGGCAAAGAAGCGGCUGGCAGAACUGCAGGCCGAGAUCGAAGUGGAAAUGAGGACGAAUGGCGAAAGUGUGGGGUUGGAGAUGGCAGUGCAAGAGCGGCAGUGGAUUGUCGACCACUUCGGACUCGGCCCGGAUCACGGCGUGCCCAAGCCAACCAGACUACAUAUACCACAAACGGCGGCCGGUCCAGCGAGCCCGAGGAGCCCAAUAGGGGGGAAACUAGGCGAAAAGCUGCGAGGCUUGAAGCUUGCUACGAGCCCUGCAGAACUGGCUGCUGCAAGCCAAGCCUCUAAGGAUACACAGCAUCGCCUUCACUCUUCCCUCGCUACGGCUUCAGAUGGGACGGGCCCGGCAGGGCGCAGCAUCGCCAUGGGCUCAGCAGGUGCUGGUGUUGCUUCGUUGGAUGCCGUCCUUGGAAACAACCUACCCCAAUCGUCUUCGGCAGUGGGAAAGGCAGGGACAGAGGAUGCUACCGAGGAAGAUCUAUUUGCGCUGCCAAUGAGCCCCCGAAGUCCAGAGAUGAAGAGGAGUCCAUUUAGCAUCUUAUGAACAGGGGAAGGUCACAGAGAGUCAUGUUGUAUGAUGAUAAUUAUCUAGAAGUGGAUUAGACAUUGGGGGUUUUCAGGGCUUGGGGAAGUGCAUGGCACAAACGGUGAUGUGUUGGGAGUGUUUUUGUAGUUGUAUUUGAGAUAGGUUACCCUCACGGAACACACCGGGAACGAGAAUACUACUGCUGUUGAUAGAGGGGGCAAGCAAAUGACGAG